AUGUCGUCGUCCGAGUCGUCGUCUGCGUCCUCGGGCCGGUCGCUGGUGCCGCCGCGCAAGGCCUCGGCAAUAACAUCGCUGUCGACCUCGAGCCCCAAGAGUGACAACCAUGUGGACGGGCACGGCGAAAAACGCGACAGCAAGAGCACGAUCACGGAGGAAAACGGCCGCGUGUACCACGCGAAGGAACUCAGGGGCUCGGCGCGGUCGUCGGUGCGCAUAUUCAUCGGCGACAAGAGCUCUGUGCUGCCGUGCACUUUGGACACCACGUGCAAGGAUGUUCUGGACUCGCUGCACCGCAAGCGGUUUUUGAAGAACGACGAAGACCACAUAAUUGUGCUCAAGUGCGGCGGGCUGAUCCGGACGCUGUCGCUGGACGAACGGCCGCUCAAGAUCCAGCGCACAAUGCUGUUUCUGUACGGCUACACGCAGCGCGACAACCUCGACUAUAUCGAGCGCACCGACCUGAGCUUCCUGUUCAAAUUCGUGGUGCAGGACCGCGGAGUCGAGCUGAUCAGCAACGAACGCCGCCGCAUGAUCAACCCGCAGAAUGUCAAUCUCAACAACUGGAAUUUGCAGGAUAUUCCGAAUUUUUUGUACGCAGAGCCUAUCGUCAGUCUUGACGUGUCGCAAAACCCGUCGUUCGAAUUCACCAAGGAGUUCAUGCACGACUGCCGCAACCUUCUCAACCUGAGCUUCACGCGCAGCGGCAACCCUAAGUUCCCGACCCCAGUCGUGUACGCGCCGCGGUUGCAGGAGCUGAACCUGGAGGUGAACUAUAUCAAGCUGAUUCCACCUGAGAUCUCGAAGAUGACGACUCUAACGACGCUGAACCUGGCCUGUAACCGCAUUUCGACGCUUCCUGCGUCGUUCGCAGAGUUGCAGAGCCUGCAGAGCUUGAAUCUCUCAUCGAACAGACUCAAGAACAUCCCCGAGCCGCUUACCAAGAUUGCCGGCCUAAAACGGCUCGAUCUCUCGUACAACAACAUUUCCGAGAUCCCAGACUCGGUGGCCAACCUGGUGAAUCUGGAGGUCUUGCAACUGGCAGCCAACAAACUGUCCAGGGAUCUGCCGUCGUUUUUCCGGCAGCUCAAGACGCUGAUUAAGAUAGACAUCCGGUUCAACAAAUUCGACUCGAUCGACGCGCUGAAAAACUUGCCCGCUCUCGAGGUGAUCCGGGCAACGGGAAACAACAUCUCGGUGUUCAAGAGCAGCGCAGCAAACUUGUUUGAGGUCGAGCUCAAUAUCAACCCGGUCACGUUCGUCAAGUUCGACCAGGUGAUGACCAAACUCAAGAUUGUCGACUUCUCCAAAGACAAGCUCACGUCGUGCUCGUUUGUGUCGAUGCUGCCUGCCAUUGAGAAGCUCACAAUGGACUACAACCACUUGGUCUCGCUGCCCGACGAUAUCUACAAGAUGAAGAACCUGACACAUCUGUCAGUGUUCCGCAAUAACCUGACCUCGCUACCCAGCGCAAUCGGCUCCCUCACGAGACUUCGCUACCUCGACUUGCACCUCAACAACAUCAGCUUCCUCACGCCCGAGAUUUGGAACCUCUCGUCACUUGAGUACUUCAACAUCUCGUCCAACCUGCUGGAGUUUUUCCCCGACCCGCCCGAGCACAACUACGACAGCGUCGGACUCGAAAAGUCACUCAAAGUGCUCAGUCUUAACGACAACAAGUUUACCGACUCGGUCAUCCAGACGGUAUCGAUGUUCAAGAACCUUGUGGUGCUCAAUUUGUCCUACAACGAGCUGUUCGAUAUUCCGCCUGGCCAUCUCAGCAAUCUUACCAAACUGCAAAAACUAUAUCUGAGCGGUAACCAUCUGUCCAGCCUGCCCGUCGACGACCUCGAGGCCUUCACCCAGAUGGACACGCUGCAUCUGAACGGGAACAGAUUCCAUACGCUGCCGGCAGAGCUGUCGAAAAUCACCAACAUGACAGCGCUCGACGUUGGAUCCAACAACCUCAAGUACAACAUCGGCAACAUACCGUACGACUGGAACUGGAGCUACAACCCGAAACUCAAGUACCUCAACUUCUCGGGCAACAAAAGGCUCGAGAUCAAGCCGCUGCACAAGCGCGAGGGCAUGGAGGACAGUUUGGACUCUUUCCUUGUGCUGAAAGACCUUAAGUUGCUGGGACUGAUGGAUGUCACCAUCACUACGGACCUUGUACCUGACCAGAGUGUUGACGUGCGUGUGCGGUCGACCGUGUCGCAGCUUGGAAAAUACGGCUACGGCAUCUCUGAUACACUCGGCAACAAGUCGAGUCUCACUACGAGAGACGUGGUGAUCGAGCGGUUCCGGGGAAACUCGAACGAGAAGCUGAUCACGAUCUAUGACGGCAAGAACUGCAGCGACGAGAGCGGCGACAAAAUCUCCAAGAUCAUCCAGGAAACGUUUGAGAUCCAUCUGGCCAAGGAGCUUGAGGGCCAGGACUCGGGCAAGACGAUCGAGGACGCGUUGCGCGCGGCGUUUCUCACGAUGAACUCCGAAAUGAGCAUUCUCAUCAACAAGGACAAGUCUUCCACGUUCAGCUCGGCAGCCGCCCACCGCACCACCACCACCGACGAACUUACAAUGGAGAAGGACGGCCUCACAGGGUGUUGCGCCACGGUUAUUUACAUUCGUGGCGACGAGCUGUACGUGGCCAACAUCGGCGAUAUCAUGGGCAUUUUGACCAAGGCGGAUGGCGAAUACUCCGUUCUUACCAUCAAGCACGAGCCGUACGCGCCCGAAGAGUACUCCCGCAUCAGAGAAUCGGGAGGCUUUGUUACCACCGACGGCUACCUCGACGGCGUAAGCGAUGUGUCACGUGCGGUGGGAUACUUCAAGCUCAUCCCGCACAUCAACGCGGUGCCGAGUAUCUCCAAGUACAAGCUGACACAGAACGAGGAGAUGAUUGCGAUCGCCACGUCUGAGAUCUGGAAAAAAGUGCCGUACGACCUGGCUGCCGACAUUAUACGCCAGGAAAAAAGCAACCCGGGCAUUGCGGCCGAGAAGCUGCGGGACUUUGCGAUCUCGUACGGCGUUAGCGACAAGGCCACCGCGGUGGUGCUGUCGCUGCGGCAAUUCACAACGAAGCAGAAGUACCACGAGCGCGGAUCAUUGCCCGAGGACUCGCUUCUGCGCAAGCUGGACGAGGAGAUCGAGCCACCGACGGGCGAGCUCGCGAUGGUGUUCACCGAUAUCAAGAACUCGACGCUGCUAUGGGACACGUAUCCGGUAGCGAUGCGGUCGGCAAUCAAGGUGCACAACGCCAUCAUGCGGCGGCAACUGCGAAUUAUUGGUGGCUACGAGGUCAAGACCGAAGGAGACGCGUUCAUGGUGUCGUUCCCGACGCCAUCGAGCGCACUCCUGUGGUGCUUCACGGUGCAGUCGCAGCUGCUCACCACAGGCGAGUGGCCUGCCGAGAUACUGGCUUCCGACCAGGGCUGCGAGAUCAAGGACGAGGAGGGCAAUAUUAUUUUCCGUGGUCUGUCGGUGCGAAUGGGCGUGCACUGGGGCCGUCCCGUGUGCGAGCGGGAUAUUGUUACCAAGAGAAUGGACUAUUUCGGGCCGAUGGUCAAUCGUGCUUCGCGGGUCAGCUCUGUUGCUGACGGCGGACAGAUCGCCAUGAGCACAGAUUUUUACUACGAAUUUGAAAAACUGCGCAACUUGCAUGAGCAGGUCAAGUCCGGCGCGGGCGACAUUAGCCAAGUGUAUGGGUCAAAGACCUUGGGCCAGAUUUUGGAGAGCCAGAUGAACCAGGUCGACCAAAUAGGAUGGGUCGAGGAGUCGAUCGGCAGCCGCAAGUUGAAGGGACUUGAGGCACCAGAGAAAAUAUGGCUUAUUUUCCCGGCCCAUCUCGCACAGCGGCUGAAGCUGCUCACCAGAAUGAAUGGCGAGAUCGACAACCGCGCGGGCAAGCUGUUGAUGGGUGGUCUGACGGCCGAGAGCGUGUGGAAACUGCGGAAACUGUCGUUGCGCCUGGAGAAAAUAUGCAGUUUUUGCGCCGGCUCGACCACGCAGCUCAUCUCCAACAAGACGAAGAUCUUGCCGUCAGACCUGAUCUCCUCGAGCGCCGAAGAGACAUUCAUCAAUCAAAUCACAAACGCAGAGAUGGAUCUGCUGCUGCUUAUUGAGCACAUUGUCACAAGAAUCGAGAACGCCGUUGGCAUUUUGACGGUGCGCAAAUGUGCCUCGCCUGAUACGGCCAACGGCCUGCUGAUGGGCACGAUGGACGAACUGUACCAUAAAAUGCACUUGAUGGUGCACCAGGCGGAAGAGGCUGUGCGCGCCAAGAGCCAGCUGAUGGAAGAAUUACCUGAGGAACUGUCGCAGGACGGCUCAGAGCUUGUAAAUUAAAUUGUAAAUAAUAUAUAAAAUAUUCGCAAUUUUUUUUAUCGCAUUUUUAUGGACCAUGGCAGGAUAAGGCCUGUUUCAGACGCUAUCCGCUCGGGAAUCGUCGUGGUCGACGCAACAGACGCUGUCCGUGAGCUGCUAGAGAACAGCAUUGAUUCUGGCGCCUCGCACGUCACGAUUAGCGUCACGUUCGAGAACGGUUGCUUAGACAUCGAGGUUGUUGAUAACGGCUCAGGUAUCGGUCCACACGACUUCGCAGCCAUGGGACGCCGCCAUUGGACAUCAAAGAGCCUCAAGGAAUCAAAGUUCGGGUUCCGUGGCGAGUCGCUUCACGCCAUCAUGGGACUUUGUACGCGAACAGAGAUUGUCAGUGGUAGAGAAGGGUGUGCGUGGAAAAUGCACUAUGUUGGCACGUCUGCGCGCGAAACUCCCCGUCAGUGCGCUUUCUACGGGGCCAGCGGGACCCUGGUGCAUGUGUUCGAUGUGUUUGGUCGGCUACCGGUGCGCAAACGGCAGUUGGCUUCCGAAUGGCGCGAGAUGACUUCGAAGCUGAGCAGAAUGUUGUUCUCUGUGCUCGUGGCACGGCCAGGGGUUACUGUGACUUUGGAGCGCGAUGGGGUGCGCAUGUUUAGUGUUACCAACCAGGGCGGCGUGGCAGGAAUUGUAGGCUUGUUGGAGCAGCUGUAUGGCCUCAGGGGUGCUGUGGAGCCUAUCAAUGCGAGCUUUGAGGAUGUAUACGUCACCGGCGUGCUGGGGCCUGACGUGGCCAAAAAAUGCCAGUUGCUGUUGCUCAACGGCCGCCUGCUGGAAAACAGAAGCCUACAGAGGACAAUCGCUCUCCAACUUGGGGCACGCUCGGGACUCUAUGUGUUUGACAUCCGUACACCACUCGAGGAGUCAGAUCUGAUGCAGAGCCCAAGCAAAAAGGUGUUCAGUCCCGUGCUGUUCGACAAAAUCAAGGCUGUGUUGGAGGAGGUGGUGCGCCGGUGGAUUGACAGAGAAAGAGAUGUGCGUUUGCAACGAAAAGCGCGUCCCUCGCUGGGAUUUUCGCGUUUUUUCAGUCCAGCCAGUCACGUGGUGCUUGACGGGCCCACCAUUGGGCGCAGUCACGUGGUUGCCCAGGUGGAGAGCAAGUUCAUUCUUGUGCGCAUCGACGGAAUGCUGGUGGCAUUGGACCAGCAUGCGUGCGACGAAAGAGUGCGUGUUGAAGCCCUGUACAGGCGAUGGGCGGCCAGCACGCACACUGUGGCGGUGCACAUUGAAAUACCCGUCGGUGUAGGCGAGAUAGAGCAGUUUGCGCGCUUUGGUGCCGAAUUGAGUCGGUGGGGCAUCAAAUGCCGCGUGGAGAACGAAGUGGUGGUGAUACAUGAGGUUUUGGCUCUGGUGGCUGAUAAGAACGCUGCUUUUUUGCAGACCGGCGUGUUGCAAUUUUUGGACGAUCUGGCGUCGAAACGCAAGCGCGGCUGCGCCUGGAGCGUCGACUGGUGGGUUGCUACUACCGAGAUGCCGGAAAUGUACCACGAGGCCAUCCGUUCUCAGGCUUGUCGGGAGGCAAUUCGGUUUGGGAAAACGCUCGAUAAGGAUUCUCAGCGCAGGUUAGUAGCCGACUUGGCGCUUUGUAGGGAUCCAUUGCACUGCGCACACGGCCGCCCGACAUGUGUUCCGUUGAUAAGAUGGCUG